UAAUUUAGCUUUAAUUUAAAUAUUUAGAUGAUGAAAAAGAAAUAAUUCAACAAAAAAUGAAAAGACAAAAUAUUGAUGAUAUUGAUGGUAUGCUAAUUUUUAAUUUAAUUUUAUGUUAUUUUUUAAUUUAAUUAUUUAUUUCUUACAGAUGAAGACGAAGUAUAUAAUAAUCCAAAUCUUCAUUCAAAAGAACAAGAUGAAUUCGAAAUUCCUGAUGAUGGAUUUGAAUAAUCAUUUAACAAUGUUUUUUUUUUAUAUUUUAAAUUAUUAUCAUUUAUUUAUUUAUUUAUUUAUCUUAUAUUAUUUAAACACUAAGAUUAGAGUAGUAAAUGUUUUACAAAAUUCUUAGUUUGUAAUUUAAAUAAUUUUAAUAAAUUUAUUCAAAUUAUUAAA